AUGAAGUCCUUUACUCUUAUUUCCACCACCUUCCUCCUUGCCGCUCUUCCAUCCUCUUUCGCCGCUCCUACCGCUUCCAAUGAAGUCAGUGCUAGAUGGUUCAAGCCUGAUGAGCAGCCAACUGUAAAGGCAGCUCAAGUUGGUGAUGUCGAAACUCAAGGCGACGACGCAGCCGAUGAUUACGUUGUUAUCAUGGCUGAGGGUGAGACCCGACCUUGGGCCGAGAUUUUUGCAGAGAUGGGAUAUAAUGCAACCGAAGCAAAGACUUUUGGCACAAACAUAAGAGGUUUUACCACAAGUAUGAAGAAGUCGACGGGUGUCAGCAUGUUCGCUCUCUCCAAUGUCGCCAUUGUUGAGAAGAACGUCAUCUACAAGGCUGCUGUUAUGCCAUCGAACACUGAGCCACAGAUCAUGCCUCGAAAUCUUGUUAAGGAAAGUUUGAGGUUGAGCUCUUUGGCCAAGAGACAGAACGGCCAACAGGUCUUCAUUGAACAGAGCACCGCUCCAUGGGGUCUUCAGCGAAUUUCUAGCGACAAGACCGUCGUGGCCAACGGCCGCAGGGACACCGACUUGACCUUCAAGUAUCGAUUUGACCAAGCUUCUGGUUCAGGUGUUGAUGUCUAUGUUUUGGAUACUGGUCUUAACGUUAACCACGUUGACUUCGUUGGAAGAGCCCGAUCAGGCUUCAGCGUUGAUGGAAGCAGGGGUGCAAACGACGCACAAGGACAUGGUACCCACACCGCUGGAACCGUUGGCUCUAGGACUUUCGGUGUUGCAAAGAAUGUUAACCUCAUUGGCGUGAAGGUUCUCGGGGAUGAAGGCUCUGGCUCUAUCGCCGGUAUCGUCGCUGGUAUCGAUUUCGUCGUCACUGAGCACGGAAAGCGCUCAAACCAAGGCGACUUCCAAGGUUCCGUUAUCAGCAUGUCCCUUGGCGGUGACGGUCUCCCCCGGGCCAUGUUUAAUGCACUUCAAAAGGCCUCGGGAGCUGGUAUCCACAUCUCUGUCGCCGCUGGUAACGAGAACCAAGAUGCUUGUAAUACCUCCCCCGCCGGUUUCUCCCGUCAGAUCCCAAUCAUCUCUGUUGGUGCCACCGAUAUCGAUGAUGCCCGUGCUUCUUUCUCCAACUUCGGUAACUGCGUCGAUAUCCACGCCCCCGGUGUCGAUAUCGUUAGCACUUUCAGCACUGGUAACACUGCCACCAGGUCUCUUCAAGGAACAUCCAUGGCUUGCCCACACGUUACUGGCAUGAUCGCAGACCUCCUCGUUCUCAACCCUAACCUCAGACAAGAUCCCGUCGGUAUGAAGAGACUUGUUAUUUCUAAGGCUCAACAAGGUGUCAUUAGGGCCGGAGCCAAUGUUCCAAGGGGUGGCCAGGUUUUGUUGAACAGCGGUUUCCCCGGCGUUCCAGCUUAA